AUGGCAGACGAAAUAGUUAAUGUGAAUGAGUACCAAGUAUUGGCUAGGCAAGCUCUUCCAAAAAUGUACUAUGACUUCUAUGCUGGAGGAGCAGAGGAUGAGCACACAUUAAAAGAGAAUGUGCAAGCAUUUCAGAGAAUCAUAUUUCUGCCUAGAGUUCUUGUAGAUGUGAGCAACGUAGCUUUGUCUACUACUAUAUUGGGUUAUAAUAUCUCGGCACCUAUUAUGAUAGCCCCAACUGCUAUGCAUAAGCUAGCACAUCCUGAAGGAGAACUUGCCACUGCCAGAGCAGCAGCUAAGAGUAAUACUAUAAUGAUUUUAUCCUUCUCAGCCUCCUGCACCGUGGAGGAGGUUGCUGCCAGCUGCGAUGCUGUUCGAUUUUUUCAAUUAUAUGUAUACAAAAGACGAGAUAUAGCUGUUAACCUCGUGCAGAGAGCUGAAAAGAGUGGAUAUAAGGCUAUCGUUCUAACAGCUGAUACUCCAAGACUUGGCCGAAGGGAGGCAGACAUAAAGAAUAAAUUGAUUGUGCCCCAGCUGAAGAAUUUGGAAGGUCUAAUGUCCAUGGAAGUUGUCUCUGACAAAGGUUCGAACUUAGAAGCUUAUGCCAACGAGACCAUGGAUCCUUCUUUGUGUUGGAGGGAUAUAGCAUGGCUAAAAUCCAUUACAAACUUGCCUAUUCUGAUCAAAGGAAUACUCACUCGUGAAGAUGCCACUAAAGCCAUGGAAAUAGGUGCUGCUGGGAUUAUCGUCUCCAAUCAUGGAGCUCGUCAGCUUGAUUAUACUCCUGCCACAAUUUCAGUUCUGGAAGAGGUGGUUCAAGCUGUUGGAGGGAAAGUUCCGGUGUUCCUUGAUGGAGGAGUACGGCGAGGAACAGAUAUUUUCAAGGCACUGGCCCUUGGUGCACAAGCAGUUCUUGUUGGGAGGCCUGUUGUUUUUGGGCUAGCGGCAAAGGGAGAAGCAGGGGUGAAAAAGGUGAUGCAAAUGCUGAAGGACGAGCUUGAGCUCACCAUGGCCCUUGCUGGCUGCCCUAGCGUGAAAGAUAUUAACAGGAGCCAUGUAAGGACGGAGCGCCAGAGACUCCAAUCCAUGCUCUGA